ACAGGAUAUGGAUAUAUAGAUACAGAAGAAAUAGGAAGCGUCCGUGUAGUUAGAGGUCAAACCCAAUACAACCACAACACCACCACCACCUAUACAUAAUACAUCUCUCUCCCUCUCUCUCUCUCUCUUUCUCUCUCUCUCUGUAUAAAUGCAAGAUUGGAUUCCUCUGUUUGAGUAACUAUCGUCUCCAACUGGCGGUUUGUUUUUGAUUAUUAUGAGGAGAAACCAAAACAACUAUAUUAACAACUCUAACAAAACUAAUACGACUGCUACUAAUGGCUUCUUACCUAAACUUAUCUCCUCUUGUAUCAAAACGGUGUCGUCCGCUGUUCGCGCUUCUGUUGCCGCCGAUGAUCAUUUUCACAAGGACCAGGUUUUAUGGGCUGGCUUUGAUCGAUUAGAACUUGGUGCUUCUGUAGUGAAAUCUCUCCUGCUUCUAGGGUACUCGAAUGGAUUUCAAGUACUUGAUGUUGAAGAUGCUUCAAAUGUCACUGAACUGGUCUCACGCCGAGAUGAUGCAGUCACUUUCUUGCAAAUGCAGCCAAUCCCUGCAAAGUGUGAUGAUCGUGAGGGAUUUAUGGAUUCGCUUCCUUUGCUCUUGGUUGUGGCAAGUGAAGAGACAAGUUGUUCAGGUCCAAUGCAGAAUGGUAGGGAUAGUUCAGUAAGGGAUAAAUAUGAGCCUCGUGUUGGAACUGUUAUUCAUACUCCUACAGCUGUCCGUUUCUACUCAUUAAGAUCUCACAGUUAUGUUCAUGUUUUGAGAUUCCGAUCAGCUGUGUAUAUGGUCAGAUGUAGCUCAAAAAUAGUGGCUGUUGGUCUUGCUGCACAAAUUUAUUGUUUUGAUGCUCUCACUCUCGAGAGUAAGUUCAGUGUGCUUACUUAUCAUGUCCCUCGUUUGGGAGGCCAAGCUCUCAGUGGUGUCAAUAUUGGCUAUGGUCCCAUGGCUGUUGGCCCUAGGUGGUUAGCAUAUGCUUCUAAUAACCCCUUGUUACCAAACACGGGACGUUUAAGUCCACAGAGUUUGAGUCCAUCUCCAGGUGUUAGCCCUUCUACCUCACCAAGCAACGGGAAUCUGAUGGCUCGAUAUGCGAUGGAAUCUAGUAAGCAAUUAGCCACAGGAAUAAUUAAUCUUGGAGACAUGGGAAUCAAAACAUUCUCAAAAUACUGUCAUGAGCUUCUUCCUGAUGGUUCUAGCUCUCCGGUGUCCUCCAUUGCAAGCGGCAAAGUGGGCCGGACUACAGCUCACUUAAGUGACGUAGAUACUGCUGGAACUGUCGUCAUUAAAGAUUUUGUGUCCAGGGCUGUUGUAUCACAGUUCAGGGCACAUACCUGUCCCAUAGCUGCCCUUUGCUUUGACCCGAGUGGGACUCUUUUGGUUACUGCAUCCGUCAAGGGUAACAACAUUAAUAUUUUUCGAAUCGUGCCUACCUACUUACAAAAUGGAUCAGGAAGUCAUAGCUACGAUUGGAGUUCUUCUCAUGUGCACCUUUACAAGCUCCAUCGUGGCAUCACUUCGGCAGUUAUUCAAGACAUUUGUUUUAGUCCAUCUAGUCAUUGGAUAGCGAUUGUUUCAUCCAAUCACACUGGUCAUAUUUUUGUUCUAUCUCCUUUUGGUGGUGAGACUGGUCUUCAAAUGCAAAAUUCUAAUCUUAAUGGACCUACUUUACUUCCUCUUCGAUCUGUGCCGUGGUGGUCUACUUCUUCGUACAUGCUGAAGCAGUCCUACUCUCCACCUCCACCCCCUCUUAUUACCUUAUCUGUAGUAAGCAGGAUUAAGAAUUCAACUUGGCUUAGUACUGUGAGAAAUGCCGCAUCUUCAGCUGCAGGGAAACUCCCACCUCCACCUGGUGUUGUUUCUGCCAUCUUCCAUAGUUCUGUUGGCAAUUUACAGCCCACUAACUUAACUGUAAAUGCAUUGGAGCACUUGAUGGUUUAUACUCCUUCUGGCAAUGUGGUUCAAUAUGAACUGCUGCAUUCUGUUGGAGGCGAUCAAGGUGAAUCUUUUCUGAGAAAUGGGACAAGUUCGCUGGAGCAGGUACAAGACGAGGAGUUAAAGGUGAAAGCUUCCCCUGUUCAAUGGUGGGAUGUCUGCCGAAGAGCUGAUUGGCCUGAAAGAGAGGAGUUCAUCCAGGGAAAUGUUCUUGGUAGGCAAGAUUCUGCAGAGACAGUUAUUUGCCCUUAUGAGUAUGAAGAUGAUGGUACUAAGGAAAAGGAUACGGUGAAACACCAUGAUCAAUACCAUUGGUAUCUUUCAAAAGCAGAAGUGCAGAUAAGAUCCGGCAGGACACCAGUUUGGCAAAAGUCUAAGGUUUAUUCGUAUGCAAUGAGUUCUGUCUCAGUAGAAGGCGGGAGACCAAAUCUAUAUUCUAGUGGUGGAGAAAUUGAAAUUGAGAAGUUGCAUGCCCGGGAAAUUGAAAUAAGGAGGAAGGAUCUGCUUCCCGUCUCUGACCAUUUUCACCAACUCCAUCAUAAAUGGGCUAAUAACAGGGGCAUUAAUGUAAGAUAUUCGCCUUCCUCUUCUUUGAGUGAUGAGGGUAAUAAGUACUCCGAUGAUGAACAAGCGCUGAUACCUAGUUCAGUUGAUAACUUAAUAACUGGGAUACGAAGUUCAGCAACGGAUCUGUCAAAACAAGAGUACCAUGCUACAAUGAAUUCUUAUCCUCCCUUUAGACCAAUUGAUAAUGAGAAUAAAGGGGUUAAAGGGUCUAAUUUUCUGCCAACACAGAACUCAAUUGGCAGAGCUGCUACUUCACUUUCUCCUGAGCCAUCUCCAAGUAUGAUAUCUGCAUUUGAGGAGUGUUAUGUCAAUAACUAUUCUAGCAUUUCCAGCAAGCCUUCACCGUCUGGAGGAAAUAUUUCUGAAGAGGUUCUUUCUUCAAGCAGUGUUGUGACGGGUGAUGUUUCAAAUACAAGUUCCAAAUGUACUGAUUCAACUAUGAACCUUCCUGAAGAACUAGGGCAUGAAGAUAUACACUAUUUUCAAGAGGGAUACUUUGAAUCAACAAGCCUUGAUAAAUUUAAUCAAUUUAAUAAACAUACAACUGAGGUUGACAGAAGUACUAGUCAUUGCAACAAGGCGGAUUUUGAGGAAGAUGCAGAUAGUGAUGACAUUCUUGGGGGUGUAUUUGCUUUCUCCAAGGAAGGUUGACAUAUACUGGCUUCUCUAAGCUGCACCUGUGUUGCUGUCCUUUAUCUUGUGCUUUUGCUCAGCAUAUAAAGGUAAUCUAUAUAAUGAAAAUGCCCGGCUAUUGCUUUUUGGAAGACUAUAUUCAACAACUAACAGAUGCAGUGUCCAGUGACACGUUCUUUGUAUAAACACUCAGCCAGAGGAAAAGAAAACAAAGUUGUCCGGUUUCUACCCUUCUAAUUCCCGUGUACAUAGUGUAUAUAUUGAAAAUUCUUCAACAUUUGAUUUGGUCUGGACAGGUUCUCUGUCAAUGCCGUGUAACAAUAUUUACUGUUCAUCAUUCUCAGUAACAGAAGAAAAAACAGAGAAAAAACAAAAUGAAUAUAAGGAGCUACAGCCUACAAGCUACUCAGUUCAUCAGUUGUACAGCCUGCUUGCACAUUCUUUUUACAAAACUGUCUUAUAUAUGUACCUUAACUUGCAUUGGUGUCUCCUUAUGUUUUGUUGGAGGAAUGAAACAUUAAUAUACAGCACAUGGUUUUGUUUCA